CUCUCCCGUGACCGCAGGCGCAACCUCUGGGUUCGCAACGGCAGCAACGGCUGAGGCAGGCGGGAUCGGCACUGGAAGGAGGAGGAGCCCGACCCUAGCCGGAAACACCGACGCCUCGAGGCCUCCCGGGAGCUGCCGCGCUGCUGGUGCCGCCGCCUGCUCAGCUCGUGGAACGCGAGCGGGCGGCGGGCGGGCGGGGACUCCGCACAGGAGGCGGGCGGGGGCGGAGCCGCUCUCCUCAGCGCCGGCCCCGGGCCUGCCCCGUGCCGCUCUGCCCGGUCCGCCCAGCCCUGUGUGGCAGCGGCUCUCGGCGGCGGUGGGGCCCCCGCAGCAGCAGGUGCGGAUGGCCCAGCAGCAAGUCUGGGCGGCGCUCGAAGUGGCGCUCCGAGUGCCCUGCCUCUACAUCAUCGACGCCAUCUUCAACUCCUACUACGAUUCCAGCCAAAGCCGGUUCUGCAUCCUGCUCCAGGUCUUCCUCCGGCUCCUCGGUAUCUUUGUAUCCAGUGUUGUUCUGAUCUUGUCACAACGCUCACUUUUCAAGUUUUACAUGUACAGCUCUGCCUUUCUAUUAGCUGCAACUUCAGUAUUGGUGAAUUACUAUGCUUCUUUGCACAUUGACUUCCAUGGUGCAUACAACACGUCAGCUUUUGGAAUUGAGCUGCUUCCCCGGAAAGGGCCGUCACUGUGGAUGACACUCAUUGUUCUACAGCUAACCUUUGGAAUUGGAUAUGUCACAUUACUCCAGAUUCACUCUAUCUAUUCACAAUUAAUUAUUUUGGAUCUCUUGGUUCCUAUAAUAGGCUUAAUCACAGAGCUGCCAUUACAUAUCAGAGAGACUUUAGUUUUUACCUCUUCCUUGAUUCUUAUAUUAAAUACAGUGCUUGUCUUGGCAGUGAAACUUAAGUGGUUUUAUUAUUCCACACGAUAUGUUUACCUGUUAGUGAGGCAUAUGUACCGAAUUUAUGGAUUACAGUUAUUGAUGGAGGACACAUGGAAGAGGAUUCAUUUCCCAGACAUACUUCGGGUCUUCUGGUUAACAAGAAUUACAGCUCAGGCUACAGUGUUAAUGUACAUUUUAAGGAUGGCAAAUGAAACCGAGUCCUUCUUUAUUUCUUGGGAUGAUUUCUGGGACCUCAUUUGUAAUCUUAUAAUUAGUGGGUGCGAUUCUACACUAACUGUACUAGGCAUGAGUGCUGUAAUUUCCUCAAUAGCUCAUUAUUUGGGCCUUGGAAUAUUGGCCUUUAUUGGAUCAACCGAAGAAGAUGACAGGCGGCUUGGCUUUGUAGCACCUGUAUUAUUUUUUAUUUUGGCUCUUCAGACUGGUUUAAGUGGGCUGAGACCGGAAGAGAGACUUAUUCGAUUAAGUAGAAACAUGUGCCUUUUAUUAACUGCAGUCCUGCAUUUCAUCCAUGGAAUGACAGACCCUGUAUUAAUGUCUCUCAGUGCCUCCCAUGUGUCAUCUUUCCGUAGACAUUUUCCUGUGCUGUUUGUCUCUGCUUGCCUGUUUGUUCUUCCUGUUUUACUCAGUUACGUUCUUUGGCAUCAUUAUGCACUAAAUACAUGGUUGUUUGCAGUUACAGCCUUUUGUGUGGAACUCUGCUUAAAAGUAAUUGUUUCUCUCACUGUUUAUACUUUAUUCAUGAUUGACGGCUACUAUAAUGUCCUCUGGGAAAAGCUUGAUGAUUAUGUCUACUAUGUUCGCUCAACAGGCAAUAUUAUUGAAUUUAUAUUUGGAGUAGUAAUGUUUGGGAAUGGGGCUUAUACCAUGAUGUUUGAGUCAGGAAGUAAAAUCCGUGCUUGUAUGAUGUGCCUACAUGCAUAUUUUAACAUCUACUUACAAGCAAAAAAUGGCUGGAAGACAUUCAUGAAUCGUAGAACUGCUGUUAAGAAAAUCAAUUCACUUCCUGAAAUAAAAGGGAGCCGUUUGCAAGAAAUAGAUGAUGUAUGUGCAAUCUGCUAUCAUGAGUUUACGACAUCUGCUCGUAUGACGCCAUGUAAUCAUUAUUUCCAUGCACUCUGCCUUCGGAAAUGGCUAUACAUUCAAGAUACUUGUCCAAUGUGCCAUCAAAAAGUGUACCUUGAAGAUGAUAUCAAGGACAAUUCAAAUCUAUCUAACAACAAUGGAUUUAUUGCACCCAAUGAAAAUCAAAAUCCAGAGGAAGCUGUAAGAGAAGAUGCUGCUGAAUCUGACCGAGAAUUGAAUGAGGAUGACAGUACAGACUGUGAUGAUGAGGUUCAAAGAGAAAGGAAUGGAGGGAUUCAGCACACAGGUGCAGCAGCAGAAGAAUUUAAUGAUGAUACAGAUUAAAGUAGCAUUUACUAAUCAUUGAGGUAUUUGUUUAAAAUUCAGUUCAUCCAAAAUGGAGUAAUAUGCAUCACAUCAGUGUGUAACCAAGCACAAAAACAGUAUCAAUGUUGAAUCUGUGAGUGAUUUUCCAUUUACUGUGAUGUGCUACUGUAAAUAUACCUCUUUAAUUACUUCUGGUCUCUUUGGUGACCUAUUUAAAUUUGUGUACAUUAUUGUACAUAGAAUAAAAUGUUUUCACAUUUUUAUGACAAAAUUUGAACAAAUAGCUUUUUAAUGGAUUAAUAAUGGUCAUAUGGUGCGUCAUUUGUGCCAAAGAUUCCUCAGUGAAAUUA